GGAAAUGGUUUUCGCCGACGAGGAAGCGGAAGUGAGUUGGGUCCGGAGUUGGGACAUGGAGUCCGGGCAGCAGCCGGUGUGGCGCGGCCUGGGGCUGCUUGGCAGAGGCGGGGACAACCCCGGGCUGGGCCCUGGGGGCUGCGAGAGGCGGCUGCUGUGGGUCGCGUCCUUGCUGUGCGUUUUGCUGGAUCUGCAGUUGCCAGGUUUGCUGGCUGCCGGGCAAGCUGAGAUAGAAAACCACCUGGAAAUGGGGCGGAAGCUAUUGGCCGCUGGGCAGCUGGCUGAGGCACUAUCACACUACCACUCUGCAGUGGAAAGUGAUCCCAAAAACUACCUUACCUACUACAAACGGGCAACUAUCUACUUAGCCAUGGGCAAGUUCAAAUCGGCGCUCCCUGACCUCUCAAAGGCUAUUGAACUCAAGCCGGAUUUCAUGGCUGCCCGACUACAGCGAGGCAACAUCCUCCUGAAACAAGGCAGCACGCAGGAGGCCAAGCAGGACUUUGAAGCUGUGCUCCAAAGCAAUCCGGACAACACAGAGGCCCAAAGGCAGCUUGCACAUGUCUCUGAGCUAGAAUUUUCCAUGCAAGAAGCCCGUACUGCCUUCCAGAGGAAGAACUACCUGGGAGCAAUCAGUAUUUUGGAUCAAGCAAUUGAGAUCUCCCCCUGGGACCCAGAAGCAAAAGAGCUGCGUGCUGAGUGCUACCUGUACAUCGGCGACUACAACAAGGCCAUCAUGGACCUGAAACCCACCACCAAGCUGCGUAACGAUAACAGGGCGGCCUUCCUGAAGCUCAGCAAACUCUAUUACAACUUGGGGGAACACGAGGAGUCCUUAAACCAGGUGCGGGAGUGCUUGAAGCUGGAUCAGGAUGACAAGGAGUGCUUCUCCCACUACAAGCAAGUGAAGAAGCUCGCCAAGCAGCUGGAAUCGGCCGAGGAGCACAUCAGAUCUCAAAGGUAUGAAGAUGCCAUUGAGAAGUAUAAAGCAGCCAUGAAAACUGAGCCCAACGUGGAGAUCUAUACCAGUAAGGCAAAAGCACGCAUCUGCCACUGUUUAUCCAAGAGCAAACAGCCUCAUGAAGCUAUAGACAUCUGCACAGAAGCCCACCAACUUGACCCCAGGAACAUCUUCAUCUUGCGUGACAGAGCUGAAGCCUAUAUCCUGAAUGAGGAGUUUGAAAAAGCCGUUGAAGACUAUCAAGAGGCCAAAGAGUUUGAUGGUGAAAACGAGGAAUUAAAAGAAGGGUUGGAGAGGGCGCAGAAACUACUGAAGCAAUCGAAGAAACGGGACUAUUACAAAAUCCUUGGGAUCCGGAGGAAUGCAAAUAAGCAGGAAAUCAUCAAAGCCUAUCGGAAGCUAGCUCAGCAAUGGCACCCUGACAAUUUCCAGUCCGAAGAUGAGAAAAAAGAGGCUGAGAAGAAAUUCAUUGACAUUGCAGCUGCUAAAGAGGUCCUGACAGAUCCAGAAAUGCGGCAGAAGUUUGACUCCGGCGAGGACCCCCUGGACCCAGAGAACCAGCAGGGAGGGGCAGGGCACCAGCACCAGUGGCCCUUCGAAUUCAACCCUUUUGGUUCUGGGAACUUCCACUUCAAAUUCCACUUCAAUUAACUUGGAACUGAGCCUGGAACAGGAAGGCAAAAAAACAAAAAAAGACCCUGUGGCUAGCAAGCAGGUGCAUGGACCUCUGGGCUAUGCUUUGUCCAUGCAGACACUGCAAAAGUUACCAGCCCCCAUCAGAAAACAACCGCUAUGCAAUGGGGGUGGGUGGAGGUGGCCUCCCUGCUGCAUCCAGACACCCCCAGCCCAGAUGUCCGGAUGCUCUUUCCAACAAGAGCUGAGGCCUGAAGAAAGAUGGUGUCGUCUUGCCUCUGGUUGUGGUUCCCAAGCAACGGGGGGCUUCAAGGUGAGAUGUAACCAUGCAUGCAGGGCCUUGCAUACCUUUCUGGAAAUCCUGCCUUUCAUGGGAGUACUUGCAACUCUGAGUUUUUGUAUGCAGCCUGACUUAGUUGGGCGAUACCUCUCGUGUCUGCCGAGAUUCUUUUUUUUAAGCUGGUGGUAAGGAAACUAAUUCCUCGUUCCCUGCCCCCACUCCCAUCUAUCCUUAAAAAAAAUCCUCCACUGCCAUAUAACUACCAACCCAGCAGCUGAAGAGGAGGCAAAGAUUCCUCUCAUUUAAAUUGUAAAAGAAAAGAAAAGUGGUGGGCAGGAGAGUAUACCGUCCUGUUCACCUGUUGGCAUGCAUUUGAGCUUGCCUACCCGAGAAAACAUUUGAGUAAUGUGAAGUAUGGGGUGAUCUCUGCUGAUGGGAGAAAGCACCGCUGAGUCCUGCAAUGCACUUCCUCCAUUGCAACACCCCUAAUUUCGUUGAUGCAGCUAUUCAUCUUGAAAAGGCAGUGAGAGACACCUCUUUAUCAACACCCGCCAGGGUUUAGGGUGGUUUGGGCCACCCUAUGAAGUGGCAAGAUUCAUCUCUUCUUUUGGUGGGGUGGAUUCCGGUAUUGCACAUUUGACUUCUCCCUUCCCCCAAAUGCAAAGGGAAUAAUGGUCAAGAACCCAGCCUGGAUUUGGGGGAGAGGAGCUUAGGUCAUGCACCUUGCCCUAAAGUUAAACCCUGUGAAAUCCCCCUCCUUCCUUGCCACCGUUUUGACUGUUACAGUGUGUGAAUUGCGAGUCUGAUAUUCUACUACCCAAGUGAGGGGUUCUUGCCUCCCUCAAUUUACUCCAGUUAGGCGAAUUUUUAACUUUUCCUCCUCCUGCUCCAGGGCAAAAGGGGGAGGCACUGCUGUCCCCUUUUCCCACCCAUCCACCCCAAGACAGCACAGUACUUCUAUAAAGCCUGAACCUGCUCUAGCCGUUGCCCAGGGGCCAAGGGAAGGAACGUUAAGGAGGGGGUGUUAAACCGCCACCUAUUACCAAAAGUGUCGAGAUUAAACGUUUGUAUUGCAAAGCU